GAAUUCAUGAACAACUCGGCAGCAAGAAUUGUGACAGAGUUUGUCCUCUUAGGCUUCCCUAGUUGUCAGGAAAUGCAAAAUCUACUCUUCUCACUGUUCUUUCUGGUCUAUGUAUUUACUGUAAUGGGAAAUGGGACUAUUAUCUGUGCUGUGAGGCUGGACAAACGGCUCCAUACACCAAUGUACAUCCUCUUAGGAAAUUUUGCUUUUCUUGAAAUCUGCUACAUCACCUCAACUGUGCCCAGCAUGUUAGUCAAUUUCCUCUCAGAAACAAAAACCAUCUCUUUUGUAGAAUGUUUCCUCCAGUUCUAUUUUUUCACUUCCCUUGGUACAACUGAGGCAUAUUUUCUGUGCAUCAUGGCAUAUGACCGGUACCUCGCAAUCUGCCGUCCAUUGCAUUACCCAACAGUCAUGACCCAACAAGUCUGCUACAUCUUGAUGUUUCUUUGCUGGGUAUUUGGGUUCCUUAGUUACUCUGUCUCCACUGUUCAGCUCUCUCAGUUGCCUUUCUGUGGGCCCAACACCAUUGAUCACUUUGUUUGUGACAUGGAACCACUGAUGGCUCUAUCCUGUGCUCCAGCCCCAAUAACUGAGAUUAUCUUCUAUAUCCUGAGCUCCCUUAUUAUCAUCCUCACUCUUCUCUACAUCCUCGGCUCUUACCUCUUUUUAUUAAUUGCUGUGUUAAAAGUGCCUUCAGCAGCUGGUCGAUGGAAAGCCUUCUCCACCUGUGGAUCACAUCUGACAGUGGUAUCUUUAUUCUUUGGAACUCUUCUGGUAAUGUAUGUGACCCCCACAGUUGAAAAUCCAGCUCAAAUUCAGAAGAUUAUGACUUUGUUCUAUUCAGUGGUGACUCCUUUCUUAAACCCUCUGAUUUAUACCUUACGAAACAAGGAGAUGAAGGCUGCACUAAAGAAAGUUCUAAAGAUGGAAUGA